AUGAAAAUUUCACCAAUUGGUAAAGAUCAAGAAUCAAGAUCUUUCCCUGAUCAUAACACAUCAUCUUUUUUUGAUUCUAAAUUUGAACCUUCUUCUAGUAUUGGUACCCUAUCUGGCCCUGAGUUUCUUUGGGGUAGUCCAACUACUUAUUCUGACCACCAAAGUAAUUCUUGGCAUGCAUCUCUGGUGGGCCCGUUUAGUCCUAGUCAGCAUGAUGCAUUCUUUGGACCACCACAUCAUCUUGUAGGCUCUGCACUAGUUGGCAUACCUCUUGACAUGUCAGAGAGAUCAUUCAUGAGUCCAGUCAUGCAUAAUGGAAGCCAUAUGGGUUCUUUUGGUAAAGGACAAAUGAUGUUUAGUAAUGGUUCUUAUCAAGGAAGGGGAGGAUUGAAUGAUGGAUUAAUGGUGGGGAAUCGAACUCAACGAGUUGAUUGCAGUGUGAAUCAAAUAGGGAAUGAGAAAAGAGUGUUCUUAUGUGCUGAACUUUAA